GCUUUUCCUUCCAAGCAUCACAAAGAAAACACUAGAAACUCUCAUAUCACACACACGGUUCACAGCCCUCCACGUCUCUCUCUAAAAUCUCACCGCACCAAAAACCUCAUCCAUCUCUCUAUAUAACCCUCAUUAUCUUCACCCAAGAAUCUCUCACUCAAACCCAUUAGCAGAAAUCGGAUCAUUUCACUCUUAACCAGAAGCAAUCGACAUGGCAUCCAGUAAAAAGAUGGAGGUGGUGAAGGGCGUGGACAUAAAGAGAUACAUGGGGAGAUGGUACGAAAUAGCUUCAUUCCCAUCAAGAUUCCAGCCCAAAAAUGGAGAAAACACAAGAGCAACCUAUACUUUGAAUGAAGAUGGCACUGUUCAUGUCUUGAAUGAGACAUGGAGUGAUGGGAAGAGAGGAUACAUAGAGGGUACUGCUUACAAGGCUGAUCCAAACAGUGAUGAAGCUAAGCUCAAGGUUAAAUUUUAUGUGCCUCCUUUCUUGCCCAUCAUUCCUGUUGUUGGGGAUUACUGGAUUUUGUUUUUGGAUGAAGAUUAUAGUUAUGCUUUGAUUGGGCAACCCAGCAGGAGAUAUCUUUGGAUUCUUUGCAGGCGGCCUCAUCUUGAUGAGAAGACCUACAACCAGCUGGUGGAGAGGGCUAAAGAAGAAGGGUAUGAUGUGAGCAAGCUUCACAAGACACCACAGGCAGAAACACCACCAGAGGAAGAUGGCCCCAAGGACACCAAAGGAAUUUGGUGGAUCAAAUCCAUUUUGGGAUGGUAGAAAUCCCAAUUGAAUUCGCAUCUUGAUCAUGCUGUGUGCUUGGUAGUCUUGUUAUUGUCAGGUUUUUGAUUAGAUAGGAAUCCAAGGAGGAGCAUUGGGCUCCAUCUUAUAUGUGUAUUAGCUUAUUCUGUGUAUUAUUGCUGGGCUUUGUAGGAUUACAGUGUGCUAAAGAAAAUAAUAGUUUAUUAAUGUGAAGCCAAUAGAAAUUAUCCUGUCAUUUUCCAUGCUAAUUGUUCCAUGGCACUCACCAGAAUCCCAUGUUAAUUUAAUUUAUUCUUUUGACUUUUU